AUGAUUGACGCGGAAAACCUCCGGACCGCCUCGCUGUACAUCAACAACCAGCUGCUGUCGAGAGGCCUUGUCCGCGAUGGACACGAGAUUGACUUUGCCGACUACGGGCCACGAGGAUCCUUUGGCACUGCGGACAGCGCAAGCCGCAUCAUAAGCAUCCUAAACGACUUGCUUAUUCGACGAGACCGCGACGCAGAACAGCGCGACUCCCUCUCGACGGCGGUCCGCACCCUUCGAGCGGAGAACCUCAAGCACACGAGCGACAUUGUCCGCCUGACGGAGAAGUGUGCCGAUGCCCAGCGCCGCAGCGACAUUGCCGCGACGUCCGAGGCGUCGCUCAAGACGCAGCUCAAGUCGGCCGAGUCGGCCAUCAAGGGCCUCAAGGACGAGCUGGCACGCACAAAGGGGCUGGUGGCUCAGCUGAGGGCCUCGUGCGCGACGGAGAUUCGGAGGCGUGACCGCCAGAUUGAAACCCUCAAGAAGCAGGUCGGCGAGGCAGGGCGCGCGAGGGGAACGAGGUCCAGCUCGGGAGUCCUCUCGAUCACUGUGACGGGAGACGUGGGCAACGAGGAGCGGAGGUCGCCCGGCCGAGGAGGGAAUCUCGAGGACAAUGACUAUUCCCUGCGCAGCGAGUCGAAUGCUUUCCUGGCGAAUCUGGCGCAGAACCUGAGCGAGGAGAACGAAGCGCUCUUGAGGGUCAUGCAGCAGGCCAAAGACCACUUGCGGGAGAUGAGCGGAUGGGCCGGCGAAGAGACACAGAAUCCCGAGGUGGUCAAGCCGCAGGGCUGGGAGGAGAUUGCCUCGGAGCUGGGUGCUGUCAUGGACCACAUGCGGACCAUCUUGACCAAUCCGUCGUUUGUGCCAAUCGAAGAGGUCAUGGUGCGAGAGGAGGAGAUUGACCGUCUCAGGAAGGGCUUUGUCAAGAUGGAGAGCCGCUGGGAGGAUGCCGUUCAUCUGAUGGACGGCUGGCGGAAGAGGAUGGCCAAGAACGGCAGGCCGGUUGGCCAGGAUGACAUCCGCAUGGGCUUACACUUG